GUAGGGGAGCACAGUAAAUCCUGGUUCAGCCAGUGAUGCCGACCUCCCAGAAAAGAAUAAAAGAGGAGGUCGAUAAUGAUGUUACUCAGAGUCAGAGGGGCCUGUGAAGUUGAAUUGCCCCGGGGUCUUGGAGGGGUACUUACCAAUUUUCUCCCUUUGGGUUUUAAACCUGUUUUUAGCCUCUGGUGGAUGGUCACUGGCUUCCGGGGAGCUUGGACAGUCUGCAGCUUGGCAGUUAUAGUUAGCGACUAAUGGACCAGAGGUCUUUACCUGUCUCUCCAUGUUCAUAUGUUCACUCAGUAACCCAUCAUUGAAAGCUGACCAAAUGAGGAAAUUAAACACCUCGGUUUAUUACUUUUUUUUCUAGUUGUGCUGCAAUGUAAGAACUUCAAUGUUAAUAUUGCCUAAAUUACUGCAAGUAUAGACAAAUUAAUAAAGUAGAAAACUCGCCAAUUGCUAAUAGCCUGACGGAAUAAUCAAUAAUCUUGUAAUGAAUACUUGGUUCCAUGGUGCCACGCUUUUUUCAGUAGUACAGUGUUUACACGAGUCGCUGUUUUUCGAAUUUGGGGAAAUGCCCCUUUAAAUGUUACACCGAGAGGGAUGGAGUUGGCGCUAUCUCUUUGACUGGUCGCAGAUUGCGGAUAUGGGCAGAGAGUGUUGGGUACUCAAGAGGAAAAAAACUGGCUUCUGAUUACGUUUGCUGAUAACACCGGUACAUUCCGCGACCUGUAGAGAGCCCAGAAGAGGACCUCCGGCUUCCACAUCAACCAUCUCCAACAUGGGAAAGAGCCAAGCUCUCAGCUCCGUACUGACAGCCCUGCAGCACGUACAGGUCUCCUCUUAAAUGAAUCGACAUUCCUAACUUUAGGGAAAUAAAAUGGAAUUGAUCACGUUAAAAUUCACAGCUCUGCUUUUACUCUGCGCGCAGCACCACAAGUUUAUACGGGCCAUUGCUGACCUUGGCGAUUAUAUAACCACUGAUAUAGAAAUUUCUUGGUUACCAAACCUGGAUGAUUUAAUGAAGGGAUAUGCUCGGAACUUUCGACCAGGAAUAGGAGGUCCUCCUUUGAACGUUGCUUUGGCUAUAGAAGUUGCCAGCAUUGACCAUAUAUCAGAAGCUAAUAUGGAGUAUACAAUGACAGUUUUCCUCCGUCAGAUCUGGAAAGAUGAGCGGCUGUCGUAUAACCACACCAACAAGACCCUGGGAUUGGACAGCCGUUUUGUGGAUAAACUGUGGUUACCAGACACAUACAUUGUGAAUGCAAAGUCAGCCUGGUUUCAUGAUGUUACUGUGGAAAACAAACUUAUCAGGCUUCGACCAAAUGGAGUCAUAUUGUACAGCAUCAGAAUUACUUCCACAAUUUCUUGUGAUAUGGAUCUCACCAAGUACCCAAUGGAUGAACAGGAAUGCAUGCUGGAUCUGGAAAGUUAUGGCUAUUCAGCGGAUGACAUUGUCUAUAACUGGUCAGACAAUCAGAAUCAGAUCCAUGGGCUGGACCAAAUCCAGUUGGCUCAAUUUACAAUAACCAACUAUUACUUUGUCACAGAAAUGACAAAUUUCAAAUCAGGUCAGUUUCCAAGGUUAAGUCUUCAUUUCCAGUUACGGAGGAACAGAGGGGUUUAUAUCAUUCAGUCAUACAUGCCUUCUAUCUUGUUGGUGGCAAUGUCCUGGGUAUCGUUCUGGAUCAGUCAGUCAGCAGUCCCUGCACGAGUUUCUUUAGGUAUUACAACAGUGUUGACCAUGACAACGUUGAUGAUCAGUGCAAGAAAAUCUCUCCCCAGAGCAUCAGCCAUUAAAGCACUGGAUGUAUACUUCUGGAUCUGCUAUGUCUUUGUUUUUGCUGCUCUUGUUGAAUAUGCCUUUGCACAUUUCAAUGCAGACUACGUGAGAAAGCAGCGUGCAAAAAUUAAGGCCAAUAAAUCAUGUGUGGAGGCAGUUAAGAGAAAUGGAAAGGAUGCAAUAGUUCUGUUCUCCUUGUCAGCGGCUGGGGUGAACCAGGAAUUACUCAUGUCCAACAGACUGCACCGGGCUCAUAGGAUUCUUCAUGGAGACGAAAUUAAAAAUGGAAAGACAAGGGCAAAAAAAUCUAACUCAAAGUCCAGCAAUAAACUUACUCUGAAGUCUGUAUUCAAACCUAUUGACUCUGACACCAUUGAUAUUUAUGCAAGAGCUGUCUUUCCAGCUGCGUUUGCAGCUGUCAAUGUCAUUUACUGGGUCGCAUAUACCAUGUAAAGUGUGCAGUCCGGAAACUGGUCCCAGAAUCAUAUUGUACAGGAAGGAGCUACAUGUCCAAGAACAUAGAAUGCGCAUGAUGACAAAUGCCUAGAGCCUUUCACCUGAAUCCUUUGACAUGUCAAGGAAGCACUUGAUAAAUGUGUAUAAAUAGUAAAUAAUGAAAUGUGAUUACUGUGACAUGAUGAGAUUCUUGUCCUCCAUCAUCCCUUGUUUAUCAAUCUUUUACCCUGGUAGCUUUGACGUCUUGAAAAUGAGUCAGCAAGUCACCUAAAUUUGAAGAUGCAGUAACCUGUCCUUUGAGAAUGAUAAAGUUCAUUUAAUUUAACAGUGUUGGACAGUUUUAUAUAUUUGCUGUAUGACCUAAUGAUUAAAGUUAUGAAUUUUUUCUCCAUUUUGAGACAAUCGUGUUAUUUUCAAAUGGUUUCUAAUCUGAUGCAAUCUCUGCAGUAUUUUGCAUGUCGUCGGAAUCAUUUCUUUAUUGUUAACAUUUGAAAAUACCAUAGCGAGGCAUUUUGUUCUUCAUGCAGUUAUAAUUUUGAGCACUUCCAAGUUUGAUACAAGGUAUAGGAAUAGGAGCAGAGGUAGGCCAUUCAAUCCCUUGAUCUGCUGCCAUUCUAGAUCAUAGCUAAUCAUUUAUCUCAGCACCACAUUCCCAUGUUAUCCAUAUAUUGCUUGAUGUCAUUUGUAACUAGAAAUUCAUUAAGACUACAAAGGAAUCUUGAUCAAUUGGGCUAAUGAUCAAGGAGUGGCAGAUGGAGUUUAAUUUGCAUAACUGUGUGGUGUUGCGUUUAAGAAAGGUGAACAAGGGUAGAACUUACAUAGUUAAUGGUAGGAUCUUGAGUAGUGUUGUAGAGCAGGAAGACCUAGAGGUUGAGAUACAUAAUUCUUUAUAAUUCUUGAGGGGUGGCUUGCAAAGAAUACAGGCCUACUCUUCUCAAUCUCUACUCAUAGGCAUGGACCAUUAUCCCUGUAUUCAGUCCAGUGAACCUCCUCAAGUAAAUCUUUCCUUAGGUAAGGGAACCAGAGCUACACACAGUACUCCAGAUGUGGUCUCACCAGUGUUCCAUACAGAACUGGUGGCAUUUUGAAAGAUGAUCUUUGUUAUACCACAAUCUCUAUACCAUCAAUUUCAAUGCUCUAGGAUGAAUUUGUGAACUUUCAGGCCCAUUAAUUUCUCCAACAGUAUUUUUUAACUGAUACUAAUUUUUUUUUUAAGUUCCACAUUCCCAUUACAACCUGAUUCGUAAUCUUUUCAAGCAGCGAAAGUUUUUUUGUGAAAACAGACACAAAGCACUCAUUUACUUUCUCUGCCAAUUCUCUAUUUUCUAUAAUAAGUUUUCCUAUUUGUGCUUAUAACAAGCCCACAUUUGUCUUUGCCAUUUUUUUUCUUUUUAUAUUCUCAUUGAAGCAAUUACAAUCUGUGUUUCUCUUUCUAUUCCUAAAUUUUAUUUUCUUGCUCUUUGUCAAUUUCUUGGCCAUCCUUUGCUGAAUUUUAAAAUUCUCCCAAUCAUGAGGCUUAAAAGUUUUUUUUUGACAUCUCUACAAGUCACCUCCUUUGAUCCAAUACUAUCUUUCAUUUCCCUUGUUAGCCAUGACUCUCUUGCUUUACCUCUUCGAUAAUUUUCCCCAAAAUAAUGCAUUAUUUUGGAAAAUCUGGUAUUAAUUCUUUAAAUAGUAGUUGUUACUGAUCUACAUUUAAAUGUUGUAAUGUAUUUUUCAAUCCAUCACAGCCACUUUCACCUCAUACCUUCGUAAUUGCUCCUGUUUAGAUUUAAGACUGUAGUUUCAGAUUGAACUAGAUUUUUUUUCUAAGUUAAUAAAAAAUUCCAUCAUACUAUAGUUACUAUUACCAAAACAAGAUUAUUUAUUAAUCUUUCUGUUUGCAUAAUACUAGAUUGAAAUUAACCUGUGCCCAAGACAGGGUGACACACAAGCCAUUCCUAUUGUUUUACACUUCCUAUGUAUUCUAUCAGGUACUAUAAUCAGGAAUGGGGAGCUGAGACAGCAAGGUAAGCAAUUUUUUUCCCCUCUAUUCAUUAACUGGAUAAGGGCGUUGCCAGCUGGGCAGCAAUUAUUGCCUGUCCCUAAUUGCCCAGAGGGCAGUUCACAGUCAACCACAUUGCUGUUGGUCUGGAGUCACAUGUAGGCCAGACCAGGUAAUGAUGGCACUUUCCUUCCCUAAAGAGCAUUAGUGAACCAGAUGGGUUUUUCCCCAAAAAUCAACAAUGGUCAUCAUUAUAUUCUUAAUUCCAGAUAUUUUACUGAAUUCAAAUUCCACCAUCUGCCAUGGCAGGAUUCCAACCUGGGUCCCCAGAAUGUUACCCAGGCUUUUAGUUUAACAGUCCAGUGAUAAUGCCACUAGGCCAUUGCAUCCCCAACUCAAUGUACUUCUUGAUGAAUGAAUUCAACAGCAAGAGGUGCAUUCCUUGUAUUAAUGUGCACAAAGAGUGUUUGAACCAAUUGCAGAGACUAAUUCAAUUAUAUUUAGUUCAUAGAAUCAUACAGUACAGAAAAGGCCCUUCAGCCCAUCGAAUCUGUACUGUAGAAAAUACACUACUGUCUUCACUAGUCCCACAUUAGAACCAUAGCCUUGAAUGUUAUGAUGUUUCAACUGCUCAUCCAGGUACUUUUUCAAAGUUAUGGUUUAACUCAACUCAACUAUCCUCCCACACAGUGCAUUCCAGACCCAACCAACCUUUGAUUGAAAAAAAAAUGUCCUCAAAUCCCCUCUAAACCUCCUGCCUUUUACUUUAAAACCCUUUUAUCUUGACUAUUUGAUUAAGGGGAAUAGCUCCUUUCUAUUGACCCUGUUAAGGAAAGCAGACAGUACUGCUGUGCAUAAAAGCAACAUACUGCAGGUGUGAAAAUCUGAAAUAUAAACAAAGUGCUUGAGAAACUCAGUAAGUCUGACGAUGUCCGUGGACAGAGAACCAGAGUUAUUCCUCACACCCUGUUCCACUCAGUCCACCUUCUUCUCUGUCAAGAACAUUAAAAAUAAUAUUUUCCAGUCUCUUCCAGUUUUGAAGAAGUCAUAUCUAACUCAGAAUGUAUUGCUGGAUUUAUAAAUCAUGUUGAUACAUAUCCCCACACCCGCUUUACAUUUGGGUCUAAGAAGCUAAAGACACCAUCUAUGCAGGAUGAGGAUAGCGCUGAAUAGGUUACAGAAAAGACUGAAGUCCACCCAGUAAUCAAUGCACAUUGAAGCAAGGAGUCCUCAGUAAGACAAGGAUUUGAUCAGAAGGCUAUUCUGAGUACACAGCACAACGCAAAUUAUAUUCAUCAGUCCAUCCAUCACCAAUGGAAUAGGCUGAGGGAGGUGAAAAAGAUAAAGAAGAGGAAUUAGCUGUCUGAGAUGUUGAAUGAAAGGUGUAGUUGUACAGGCUGUAACGCCAAUGGAAACACUUCCUAUCCCCCAGCUUUAAACUUCACUGUGGUAUAGCUCCUCAGGCAAUUACCAUCUAGUAGCAAAGACAGAAUGAUCUGCAGCUUUUCCUGUACAAAGCCCUGAACAUAUUCAGUUCAAUGAUAUUUCCAGAGAUAUUCAAGACUGGUAUUAUCUUCAAUGUUUAUAUUUUAUCUCUUUCCAGGCUGCAUUAAGGUAUAAGAAAUGGAAGCAGGAGCAGACCAUAUUACUGCUGCAAACUGCUCCAUCAUUCAUAAGAACCUAAGAAAUUGGAGCAGGAGUAGGCCAUCUGGCCUUUCGAGCCUCCUCUGCCAUUCAAUAAGAUCAUGGCUGAUCUUUUCAAGGACUCAGCUCCACUUACCCACUCACCAUAAUCCUCAAUUCCUUUACUGUUCAAAAAUCUAUUAAUCUUUGCCUUCAGUGUCAUGACCGAUUUUUAAAGUCUCAAAUCUGCUUUUUCACCCUCUCAUGUCCCUUCAAUUUCCUUUUUUCCGAAAACAAAUGAUAAAUCUCCGUCUUGAAUUUACUCAAUGACUGAACAGUCACAACCCUUGGGCGAAAAUGCAAAGAUUCAUAGCUCUCUUCAUAAAGAGAAAAAUACAAAGAACUGUUGGGAAUCAGAAACAAAAACAGGAAUUGCUGGGAGAACACAACAGGUCUGGCAGCAGCUGUGGCAAGAACAUUUUGGUCCAGUAACCCUUCUUCAGAACUGAACAAAAACACUUCUCUGCAUUUCACUCCCAAAUGGAAGGCCCUUUAUCCUGACCUUGUGCUUCCAUGUUCUAGACACUCCAGCCCAGAAAAACAUCUUUCCUUAUCCACCCUGUUUAAUUUUCUAAGAAUCUUAUAUGUUCCAAUGAGAUUACCUCUCAUUCAGCAGCAAGAGGAAUCUAUAGCAGUACUUCCCAGCAUAUCUUCCCAGCCAAGACUGAUGUUCAGUCAAUGGAUAAAGCUCCUUUUAAAAUGACUCAAAACAAACAAGUUGGGAGGCAGGGAGAGAAAGAUGAACAGAAUAAUUACAAUGUUUAAAAUGACUAGAAAAUAAAAUGCACUGCAAUAAGUAGGAAGAACUGAAAUGCAAAAAUGAAAGAAUGAAAAUGGACCAACAGAACAUGCACAAAUAUAUUUUAUCAAGAAAAUGUGGCUUCCGUGUUUGAGUAUAAAUCAUAAAGAUGCUGCCAUUGGUUGAUAUUUCAUUUCUGUAAUAUUAGCUUUUAUGUCAAUGUCAAUGCAUGAGACAAAACCAGUCUACAUAAAGAUUCAGAAGUGUGCUUUUUGCUCGUGCCUACCCUAGGGUUGAGCCCUAUUUCUGAGUUAUCACAGAAAGACACUACUUCCACUCUUCACCACUUUAUUCAAUGAUCAUGAGAAUCAGAAUGUGUAUACAGAUGUCUGUAUGCUUCAAGGUGCAAUAUCAGUUUAAGACUAAGAGCAUUUAACAUAUAAACAAGAAUACAAACGUACAAAAAUUGGAGGAGUGCUGGUGCCAGCAUAGUGCUGCAUACUUCAGGUAUGUGAAACACAGGGGGAAGAACACCUCAACAUGGCUCACACUAUUAGGUCCACCUUCCUGUCAUGAUAGAAUCUGGACGUUGAGGCAGAUAUUUGCAGUAAUCAAUCUGAAUUAAAAGAAACAAAUGAGCAAACAUUAAUCUCCACAUAAUGGCAAAGAAAGACUGUGAGCCCGAACUAUCCACAAAGAGUAAUCAGAACAUUCAGAUCAGUGAUAACAAGGUGUGGAGCUGGAUGAACACAGGAGGCCAAGCAGCAUCAGAGGAACAGGAGAGCUGAUGUUUCGGGCCUAGAUCCUUCAUGUUUACACUCUCCAGUGUUGACAUGCUGGAGUUGGUGGAGGCAGUGGAUGGACAUCUGUACUGUACGUAGCUGGUGGGCACACAACAUCAUGAAUGAUAUAUUGACAGUACCUACACCCAGACUGUAUGUUGCCUGUCUGUCUGGAUUCUGUGAUACCUGGACUGUUGAGUUAUGUGCCAUGGUCAGGGUCUCAGUAUACCUUUAAGAGACAUGUUCAAGAUAUCAUCAGUAUAUGGUAGAAUGUGACCUAAGGGCAUAAAGAUCACAAAUUCCAGCUUAACUGGGGCCAAGUGAAGCAGAACUUGCUGAUAGAAAUGCUACUGUUUGCAACUGAGCCUUUCAAUCCUCGUCCAGGUACUGAAGUCUCAGUGACGGUAAUCUUUGUAUAUAUCAGGAGCUGCUACAAACAUCUGUUGAAUCUUUAAGUUAUCCACAUCUUGUACUUAUCUUGUGGGAACUAAUUUAAACAUUGUCACAUCAGGUAAAAAUACCCUUCUGGAGGUAAAGCCUUCAGCUCAGUGCACAUCACAGGCCCCUUCAAGGUCUCAUCCAACUCCUACUUGACUCUGUGUGGAGAUAGUGGCAUUUGCUGUUCUUUUAAUCUUUCUGGAUCUCUCCUCUCACUUGAAACCCCUUGUCGCUAUCUAGUGCAUCUAGUGGCAGCUAUACACAAUGAUACAUGGCUUCUAGCUUCACCAGGUGUGUUCAGAGCCAGGGAAACAGGGUUAGAUAGCAGCACGGAGCUUUUACCACCUCUGUACAAUCUCAUUGGCAUCGAUGACUUUAGAAAUGGACAGAUAGACGCUGCAAUGCUUACAAAUCUGAGCAGAAACUCUCAAAGUUAGCAGACACUCUGUGUAAUCCUUUGGUUCAG